AUGGUGUUCAACACCGUGUUAGUAGCCACGGUGGCGACAGUCUCCGCCGACGUAUGGCAAUCAGUGGCAUGUUUUUCCGAACACAUAUCAUCCGAUGAACUCCUAGAUCUAGUCAUAUGUUUCCCUUUACAACAGCUUGGUCGUUUCGCUAUCUGUGUUUGGAAUUUCUUUUGUAUCCCCCCGUCCCCACCUGACGCUUAUUAUUAUUCUUCUUAUUCUUAUUAUGACGAUGACGAUGAGGAAACGGAUUACGAUUCCGAUGCUACUCCCGCCGUUGCCGGUGGGUUUUCCGGCUAUGAUCAUGGCCGGCGAAUUUCGUAUUCCGAUUCCCAUUCCGAUUGA